AUGGUACUGAUAACGUAUAUAUGUAUAGGUAGAGGAUUUGUGCUGAUAGCAGUUGUGCCCGGAUCGCAAACGAAUAGUACUACUUCUGCUACCACCCGUGCCGAUACAUCUACUACAGAUGAUGGAUUUCUGGAGACUGGAUUUGGAUUUGGUGGUGAUAUCGGCAUCGUAGUGGGUGCAGUACUGUUGUUGAUCAUAAUUGUUGUGAUUAUUUCGGUGUCAAUUUACUGUUGUGUGAUGAGAAAGAAGAAAGAAGAAGAAAACGUCCAGCCACAGCUAACACUGAACGGCGUUGAUCUACAACAAAUGUCCGCUGAGUCACCAAAAUCUGCCACAUUCGGCCCUGCUGUUUCGCCAUAUCAACCAAUCUAUCAACAACAACCAAUGGGAAUGCCAACUCAGUCACAGUUACAACAGCAAUUGCUGCCAAUAACGCAGUUCCCAGUUCAAUCACAGCAACAAGUACCCUCUCCUAUACCCAACCCUCCACCUGAACCAAUUGAAAAUCAGCCCUAUUUUGGUGCAUUGCAGAGUUCACUCGAACCCUAUCUGGCACAAGCCGAAUUGGCCGAAAGAGAGCAAGAUUUGAAGGAUAAAAAGCGUAAAAAGAAGAAGCAUGCUGACAUCGAGCCAGAGAAGCCGUUCAUAAUAUAUGAUUGUCAACCAAUCGUUCCGCCAAGUUCGAUCGCAUCAUCGCAACAACCACCUCCGCAGUCUUAUCCCUUCGACCAAACCCCCUCAACACCCUAUCAACAACCGGAUCAGCGAAUCAUCUCAGAGCCUCAAUCCACAAGUGAAAGCGAUUAUCCUUAUGGGCAACGUUCAUUUUUACCAUACGUAGCCCUUUCACCACAUAGUGCAUCAACCAACGUAUACUCUUUGUCGCAGCGUGUUGAUCAUCUCUGA